UCAGGUGAUUCAAACCAUCAUUAUUGCAUACAACGGCUGCCUUUAACGUUACGAAAAUGAGGUUACGAUUUCUCAAAAAGAACCUGCUCAUUAUCCUUGGUGUUUCUUUUAUUAUUGCCACUGUCAUGAUCACAACACGUGUAUUCAUUUCUGAUGAAGUCACGGGUGUUGUCGCUCAGGAAAACAUGUUGCCUGAUGACAAGGCAAAGUUUCAUUACAGUUCUGUUCCAGAAUUGAUCAAGUCUAUUUACAAUGCCAAUUACAAGCAAUACGUUCAGAAUGCGAACAAGUAUCCUGGGGAGACUAAAUUGGUCCUGGUUAUUCAGGUUCACAACAGACCAGACUACCUCAAAAUACUCAUCAAGUCAUUGGAAAAUGCAGCUGAGGUCCACAACUUACUGCUGAUUUUCAGCCACGACUAUUUUUCAGAGGAAAUCAAUUACAUAGUGCAAGGGAUAACUUUCUGCAAGGUCUUGCAAAUAUACUUCCCCUACAGCACACAGCUCUAUCCCAGUGAGUUUCCUGGGCAGGAUUCACGGGACUGUCCACGAGACAUAUCCAAGGACGAUGCUUUAAAAACAGGAUGCCUCAACGCUGAGCAUCCAGAUUCAUAUGGCCACUAUAGGGACGCCUCCAUCACACAGACCAAACACCACUGGUGGUGGAAACUUCACUUUGUGUGGGAGCGAGUGCAGGCUCUGCAAGGUUACAGUGGCUUUGUUGUCUUCCUCGAGGAGGAUAACUUCAUCUUGCCCGACCUCUACCACCUCUUCAAGGAGAUGGUUAAAUACAGGAAGAGCAGCUGCCCUGACUGUGACAUGUUGGCACUAGGCAACUACAACGGCAUGGCAGAAUUUGAUAAGCUCAGCAACAAGGUGCAGACUGCCGGGUGGAUGUCUACCAAGCACAACAUUGGCAUGGGCAUCUCCAGAGAGGUGUACUACAAGCUAAUGGGGUGCAACAAUGACUUCUGCUCCUACGAUGACUACAACUGGGACUGGACCCUCCAGCACCUGUCAGGGACUUGCAUCUCCAAGCCACUCAAAGUGCUGGUGGCCCAGGGGUCCAGGGUUCUCCAUACUGGUAACUGUGGGCUGCACCAGAACAAGGAGGCCUGUCGCCCUGAGCUGGCCCUAAAGAAAGCACAGGUGUCCCUUAAGCUUGCCAAAGCUUCCCUCUUCCCUCAGUCCCUGGCCCUAACAAAUGCAGAUUCAGUGGAGCACAAGGCUCAUAUGAAAAACGGAGGGUGGGGUGAUAUCCGUGACCAUGUCCUUUGUAAUAACUAUGCCAAACGUCUAUGAACAAUGGACUUCUCAUUCUCAUCUUUUUGAUGUACUGAGAGGGUUGAGGAAAUAAGUGCCAUUUAAAAUGUUCAGGGUUCCAAAGGCUGCAGUGCGUUAUAUAUAUAUAUAUAUAUAUAUAUAUAUAUAUAUAUAUAUAUAUUUUUUUUUUAAUGAGGUCUUCCAAGGGGUUUACAAAACAUUUUGGGGGUUUGUUAUGGUGUGUAUGCAGCAGUGUGAUUUAUAGCUUGGUUGUUAUUACUCUUAUUACCAAAAGUAACAUGAUCGCCAAAUAUAUUUCUUUAUGUUUCAAAACAGAUUAUAAACAAGCUGAUUAUUUUUGCUUUCUCUUUUUAUGUAACUGGGUUUUCUUUUUAUUUCUUAAAAAUGAAGACACAUUUUAUUUAAAGUAAAGCAUUACGAUGUUAUACUUCAUAAAAAAAGAACAUACAAUGUUUCAGCACCAGCAGCUAAUUAUUAUGGUGCACAUAAAUUACUUUACAUAGAAAAUAAAACUGAAUCAGCGUUAUACAUCCUUGACUUCUAUUACAUGUUAGAUCGUUGCCAUUUGUAUACAUUCUUCAGAACAGAUAAGAGAGUUGAGCCGUUUGCCCAAAUGGGGUGACGCUUGUCCAGCUUCAGAAUCCCUUACCCAUCCACAAUUAUAAUAGUUGUGCUUUAAAUGAUAUGUGGUGCAUACAGUACAAAUAGAAAAACAACAGCAAAAGUAAUUGUUUGAUAUGUAAUGCACACAGCUAUAGGUUAUAUUGUAUAUAGAAAGUGACAAUCAUGAAAUGUCUUGUUAUAUAUAUGCCACUAAACCAAUGAUCACGUUGUAGCUGACAAUUGGUUUUACUGGGGAAUUACUUACUGUACAUAAACUACAGUAUGACAUUU